AAAGGAUUCAUCAGAUUGCAAACGGCACACGGAACCUGCCGUUCUCACCGAGCGCACUUCACUGCACAAAGCCUUCUGCUGAGAGCGAGGGAGAAAAGAGAAAGAGAGGCGUCGCCAAAACGUUUUUAUUGAGGAUAUAGCCACUUCAGACCAGUUCAGAAGCGAAAGGGAGAACCGAUAGACAUCAGAAAACAACACUUGAAAGGAGCGCGAGGAUGAGUCGCUGCACGGCCGCGCUACUUUUGUUGGUCAUAGCAAUCUACUCACUCAACACAGAAGCAUACAAAUGCAGGUGCACAAGAAAAGGCCCUAAGAUCCGCUACAAGGACGUUCAGAAGCUGGAGAUCAAACCAAAACACCCCUUCUGCCAGGAGAAGAUGAUAUUUGUGACCAUGGAGAAUGUGUCCCGCUUCAAAGGCCAAGAGUACUGCCUGCACCCCAGGCUCCAGAGUACCAAAAAUCUGGUUAAGUGGUUCAAGAUCUGGAAGGACAAGCACAGGGUGUAUGAGGCCUGAGAUGUCCAGCGACCCGUUGUUCAGUGGCAGAGGGACUGGGGACUAGCAGUGGUCUAGUUUGUUCCAGGUGACACACAAAACAUCUCUGCAAGCAACCGCUGCAGUCCCAGUGGGCAAGAGUGACCAAUCCAGUUUAUUUUCUUUCCUUUGGCGGCCACCACGGCAGGGUGCCUCCCAUGCAGUGUAAAUUCAGCUGAAUUUCUCCACAUUCACCUCCCUCCUCGGGCUCGAGGCUACUACAGCCACCUAUCUCCUGUGUGUAAGUGUGUAUGAGGUUGGUGUGUGAAUCGCUGCUUUGUCAAGCUAAACAUGGGAAGACCCUAAGUCUGCUCUGUAGUGUGUGAUUGGUGUAGGAGAUGGUUAGCCCCUUUGGAUCACAUCUCUUUUCUUGGGCUGUAACAGUACAUCUCGUAGCAUUUAAAGGGUCCCACAAUUCAUAAACAUUUGGGGAGCAUAUUACUGUGUGCUAGGGUACUAGCCCAAAGUAUCAAGAACAUAGUUCGAAAUUGGACUAGGGGAUCAUUAUUUUAACUAUUCAGCUUCAUUUUCUGAUUUCACUUCAUGGCCAGGCCAACCAAUACAUAUCCUUAAUAAAGUUGACAGGUGGGUGCAUUUAUAAUCAGUAGAGGGCUAUAGAAUUAAGAAACAGCUAUCAAUACAAAUGUGUUCUUCUUGUGUGUAAAUAGAUAUUCAUUGACAUGACAUUAUUCUGUGUGCCAUGCAAAAAAAGCAGUUGUAAAAGUGUUUUGCUAUUUUGUGAUGUGUUCCGUUUCACAAGUUCACCAUGCUGUAGCUGGUUACAAGGCCUCAUCAGCAGUAUAAAAGGAACUUUUAGAUUUCUAAUCAGCAUGGAUCUUAGUACCUAUCGUAGCCCUACAUGCAGUAUGUUCUCUUGCACCACUGGCUUAAUGUAUUAGGAAAAAGGCAAUGUGUAAUAGCAUUCUAUAGCACAGUAAACAGAACACUCUAUUUUAAUACAUAGGGGAAAAUAGAAGGGUAAACUUCUCAUAAAAAACGAAAAACAUCAUUCCAAGGGGAGUCCAGAAAAGCUCAAAUGUCAGCACAAACUCCUUCCGAGGCCUUCACUUCUGAAAAUGUGUUUACAAUUGACCAGUGAGCAUUCUCCUCCGUAAAGACCACUCGGUGUCCACAACAUGGUGGACUACCAAACAGGGCCUCCUCUAUGAGGGUCUCCUGUUUUUGAGCUGUUUGUUUUUAAGGCAUUUGGUAUACUGGCAGUUAUAUGUUCCACUUAAUGGAAUGUGUACACCUCUGUCAUUUCUUCUUGUAUAUCUUAUAUAUGUGUAAAUGAAUACAAAAACUUGUAUAGACCUCUUAGUCUGUGAUAAUGAACACAACUCGUAUAAGACCUCUUAGUGUAAUGUAUAAUUUCUUCUUUUUGAGUUAUUGUUGUUUUUACUAUUUAAAUGUUCAAUAACAGAAAUGUAUGAGUUUCUGUGUACGGACUGACCCAGCAAACACAGCUUUCAGUUGCAUUCCAAGGAGUGUAAUCAGUGAACAAGCACAGCAAUAAAAUGAUUUGAAACAA